AUGGAAGAAAGACACAGAACGUUCAGAGAGAACGUGCUUAUGGCAAGAAGUAUAUUGAAGCAUAAAAACAUUAUGGUGCUGUUAAUGACAAUGACAAUCUGCGGUGUACGUGCAGUGAUAGAAUUAGAUGCAGCGUAUUCAAUGCAAAAACAUUUAGAAAAUGGCAUGGCAAUGCAUCCAGAAGGAGGGCUUUCCCCACUGCUUCAGGAUGCAAUGCGCAAGAAUAUGUUUAUACAGAACUUACGUAGGUACUUAUUUACAGUAGAUAAUUAUAAUAUUAAAGAUGAAACGUUUGGGUCUACUAUAUACGAUGAUAUUGACAAUGACUACAUGCAAGCAUUCACACAACAAUUAAUUAAUAUGUUUCCAUCAGAAGGCAUGCAUUUAUCUAUUGAGUCAGAGAAGAGUGACUCAUUCACUCGAUUUCUGAGAGAGUACAAGGACGCGUCAUGUAGUUUAUAUGUUCUUGCUUCUUUACUUCUUCUUUCUGAAGGGAUAGGUAUUCCUAUUGAAAUAGUAGAGGAUAAAGAGAACAAAAAUAAAAUGCUUGUUUUAAAAAAGAAAGAAACAGAGAGCCCAGAAAAGGAUAGUACUGCUGAGUCAGAAGAAAAAAGAAAAAAACUAAAAGAAGGAUUCCACAUCAACCUAAGCAUGAAUAUAAAGGGCAAAGAAGAAGAAAGGGGCAAUGCUGCCGAUCUAGUAUAUCAGAAGAAAACAGAAGAGAUAGUGAGCUUCUUCAAGAGUAUUGCCACCACCAAUUCAUCUUACUGCUUAAAAGUGCCAGAAGAGUUCUCAAUGCCUACUACAUAUGAAGAGUUCUUAAAGGGGAAUUUUCUGUGCAAUCCGAAGUUCCUUAUACAGUCGUACUUCUUUGAGUAUAUAGACAGUGUGGAGAUGUAUAGAGAGUUUGUAAGAGUGGUGUAUGAAUUAAUUACUGAACAAAUAUCAAACAAAGAUGAGAAGAAGAGUGAGAGUGUAUGUAUGGAGACAGGAAAGAAAGCACAGGAGGUGUUUGACAGUCUAUUCAUUAGUGGGACAUCAUGUGAAUUAUCUAAAAAAAUGAAAAUAUUUAAUGAAUUAUAUAAAUUUGAGUCUAAAUGGAAUACUAACCAGGAAAACAUGCCUUUAAUAGAAAAUUUCUAUUUUAAUAAUUUAAAUAGAGAUGGGUCAGAAAAAAGUAAGAGCCAGAUCGAUUCUAUUAGUAGAAUAAAAUACAAGAACCACACCGUGAAUAUGCUUCUCGGGAUAAUAUGCUGUUUUUCUUUUGACCCAAUCACAAAAGAAUAUACCACAAAAAACCUACCUAGCCCAAGCACUGAUCUAAAAGAUUUUUUAAGAAAGUACCGGCGCCCAACAGAUCUUAUAGACGACAGUGCGUAUCUAGACUGGUGCAAGGUUAUAAGCAAUUUACACACUACAAAAAAAGCUGACGAAACCCUCACAAAAUUCAAUCCAAAUGCCAAGCUUGGUAUAAUAAACCUACUGUAUGGCAUAGAAGCAUUGAUUGGGACACCCAGCAAUUUUAAAAGCAGAAUUUGCUAUCUAGAGGACGCAGUGGAGUAUUUAAUAAAAAAUGCCCUAAAUUACAGUGCGAUAGAAUCAAUAUUCCUUGAUUUAAAAAUGUACAUAGAAGAGAUACUUCAAUCAUUUAAAACUAAAAACCGCAUACGCGUAUCCGGUGAUAAGUAUCAGCCCAGCUUUAUAUAUCAAAAUACAUAUGACCUAGUUCCAUUCUUGGAAACUGAGCUUAGUAUUACAUAUUUCUUGGACUUUCUAAAUGCGCCUGAUAAUUAUAUCAUGUUUAAUCUAAGCAUAGACAACUACCGCGAGUUUAAGAUAGAUUACAAAAAAAAUGACAAGCAGUAUGCAGAUGCUGCUCCUGUUGAGCAAGACCUGCAGAGGAUGAAAACAAUGACUAGUUCUUCUACGCGCUACAUUGAUUGGAUAGUAAGCCAAUAUUUAUACAUUAAACAAAACAAACUUGCAUACUCAAAGGGCAAAAAGGCUAGCUAUGAGGAUGUAAUAAGUAGAGUAUUAAAUGGCAAGCCGUGCUCUCCAAAUAGUCUAAUGCUCUAUGGAAGUUUGGAUAAUAAGGCCCUUAAGUCGAAAAUUGUUGAGCUGGUUUUAAUGCACUCCAAUGAAAGAAAUAACGUAGUUUACGAUAAUAACAUGAUAAAAUUCACUAGAAGUCUUGCCAUUGGGGCUUCCUCUACUGUAGAUUCUGAAAAUUCUCCUUUUAUGCGGCUAUACAUAUACAAUGAGAACUAUGAAAAGUGCUAUCCCAGAAAUUCGGGUUACAUAGAGAAGGACUGUGCUUAUGCCAAUUAUUUUUCUAUUGUAAAAGAGCAGUUCGACUCAAUGUGUUCAUCUGGCGACUCCUUAGCCACUAGCCAGCUUGUGGCACUAUACAAUCGGCUGUAUACGUGCAACAACAAAUACUUGUUUUUCGGGUCAUUUUAUAUAUUUGCAAUUAUAAUUAAUGAAUUGUCUAUAAGUGGAAAAGAGACUGAAACAAUCCAAAAUACAAAAGCUAUUAUAAGCCAAAUGCAAAUGUGCAAUCUACGCAAGUUCAACGUAAGCAUAAUUUGUUUAUCCUGGCUUAUUCGCAUAAGUUGCUGGUAUAACGAAAUUCCUCUGGCAUUUACCAAAGUUAUAUAUGAUUGCAUACUGCCAGAAGAUCUGACGGAAAGUAUUAAAUUGUUUUUUAUCUCUGAUUUCAUUGAUUCGGCUUUGAAUAAAACCGUGCAUUUUAUGGCGAAAAACAAAGAGGCGCUGUUAACUGCGGAGGAUGAUAAGCAUGUAUGUGUCCUAGAAUCCAGAGAAGCCAAAUAUAAGAUGGUUUUGAGCGCUGUAGAGGGGUUAUUAAGUUCUUCUGCACGCAAUAAUUUGUCUUCUGACCAUUUGGAUGGGACAAUCGAAAAAUAAACAGAUCU